AUGCUCUCCACCGGAGUGACCGGCCCUCGCAUCGCCAUCGUCGGCGUAGGCCAGGUCGGCGCCGCCGCCGCAAACGCCCUGAUCAUGAACUCGGUCGCCCGCGAGCUCCUCCUCGUCGACAUCAAAACCGACCUCCGCAACGCCCAGGUCCAGGAACUCUCGGACGUGAGCCGGAUGAGCGGCCGCGCGGAGACGCGCGUGCGGGCCGCGACCUGCCACGAGGCCGGCCAGUGCGACAUCGUCAUCAUCACCGCCGGGUCCAAGUACUCCGUCGGCGAGACCAGCGUGCAGCACAUGUACCGCAACCUGGGCAUCGUGCGCAGCGUGAUCCCCGCAAUGCGGCCCUUCCGGCCGGACGCGAUCCUCCUCGUCGUCUCGAAUCCCGUCGAUCUGCUGACCACCGUCGCGCAGCAGCUCUCCGGUCUGCCCGCCUCGCAGGUCCUGGGGUCGGGGACCCUGCUGGACUCGGUGAGAUUGCGGGGGCUGUUGGCUAACCAAGCUGGGGUCGCCGCGGACGCCGCGGAUAUCUAUGUGCUCGGGGUGCAGGGUGUCGGGGAGGUCGUGGCCUGGUCGACGGCCACGGUGGGAGGCCUGCCGCUGGCCUCUGCGGUGCCGGCCGACUCGUUCGAUCCCGGCCAGCUCACGACCGACUGCAAGCAGAUCUCCCAGGCCAUCCUCCGGGCCAAGGGGUCCAUGCCCCUUGGGAUCGGGGCCAUCAUCGCCAAGAUCUGCGCGUCCAUCCUCAGCGACCAGCGCGAUAUCCUGCCCAUCAGCCAUUUCCAGGACGAGUUUGGGUGCUGUUUCAGUUUGCCGGUGGUCUUGGGACGCAAGGGGAUUGUCCGGACGAUUCGCAUCGCCGUCAAUGGGGAGGAGUGGGUUGGGAUUACCAAGUCGGCCCGAGUGUUGAGCGAGACGAUCGAGCAUGUGAAUGAGUGA